AUGAUCAUAUCUUCUCAUUCCUGCUUGCAGCGCAACAUUCAGGUGAAGUUCCUUCAGAAAGACGCCGAAGAGCAGGAGGAGGGGGUUUUUCGGAAUGUAACUGAGGAAAGCCUGAGCCCUGCAGGGGUGGACGAUGAGCAUGCAGUGCAGCAGGUUCUAACCUGGUCAGGACUAGUCAGCCCAGUCAGAAAGGAGGAGGUGAAGUUCUUCCAGAAAGAUGCUGAAGAGCAGGAGGAGGAGGUUUUUCAGGGUGAAGUUGAGGAAAACCUGAGCCCUGCAGAGGUGGACGAUGAACGUGCAGUACAGCAGGUGAAGUUUCUCCAGAAAUAUGCUGAAGAGAAGGGGGAGGAAGAUUUUAACGGUGGAGUUGAGGGAAGCCUGAGCCCUGCAGAGGUAGACGAUGAGAAUUCAGUGCAGCAGGUUCUAACCUGGCCAGGACAAAACAUCCUGACCAGCCUGGUCAGAAAGGAGGAGAAGGUCAGCACAGCACCUGCCUGGACCCAGGGGUUACUUACAGAAGAGAAAAGAGAAGAGGGGAUGCUUACAUCAGUGCCAGGCACUCUGAUGAAUAAGGAGAGCAUGAUGGGCACUUUUAGAAGGCUCUCGCAGAAUAACUGGAACCACAUGACUGGAAAAGAAAGUUCCAUUACUGCAACCGAGAAACCUAAGGGUGUUGAAGCUAGUAUGUCUGCGGAGGACACAGACGAAAAGAAGACACUUUUCUAAGAGCUGAGGAACCUGCAGAGUGGAGUAAAGAUCACC